AUGAAUGUCGUGCGAGAAGAAGAGCGCAAGCGCGUUGCGAAAGGCACAGUUCGCUAUGGAAAUAUGACAUACGAAGUAAGAAGUUGCAGAGCGGCCCCGAUCGAGAGUUGUGACGGCAUUGAGAAUUGGUUUAUCUCGAGACAUUGUUUCGCUGCCGUUCCCCUCCUCCUUCGUGCCCCUCCUUUCGUACCAAGCAGCGGCCUGCCAAGUCUCUGCCAUCCGACAACGUCCUUCCCUCUCCCUUUACGGAACGACGGCGUCGUCACUCGAUCCAAUGAAGAACACCGUCCCUGCAAGGGGCAUUGGGUACCAUGUGAGAGAUAA